CUGCCUGACUGCCCGCCUCUGGCCGCGGCGGAGCCUAGUGCGGGCCCUGGUUGCGCGAGGUUCCCGCGCCUUCGGGAAGAUGGCGGCGGCCGUGGUGUUGACCGCCGGCUUGCGCGCGGCGCGCAGAGCCAUGGCAGUCGCGGGGCCGCGAGGGGCGCAGGGCCGAAGAGUUGCAGGUGUGACUAAUGGGAAUGAAGUGGUCAAGGCCCAACAGGCAGCUCCUGGAGGAGCAGCCCCAACCAUCUUCUCCCGGAUCCUGGACCGAAGCCUCCCAGCUGACAUUCUAUAUGAGGACCAGCAGUGUCUUGUGUUCCGUGAUGUAGCCCCUCAGGCUCCUGUGCACUUCCUGGUCAUUCCUAAGAAGCCUAUUCCUCGGAUUAGCCAGGCCGAAGAAGAAGACCAGCAGCUUCUAGGACACCUACUCCUUGUGGCCAAGAAGAUAGCAAAGGCUGAGGGGUUAGGAGAUGGAUACCGACUUGUGAUCAAUGAUGGGAAGCUGGGCGCACAAUCUGUGUAUCACCUGCAUCUUCACGUACUUGGAGGCCGACAGCUCCAGUGGCCUCCAGGUUGAAUCUACAAACUGACCUAGGAUCCCAGACCUGGAUGCUUGGAUGGGGAAGGGAAAGGAGGAUUCUGUGAUGCUAAUAAACCUGCUCUCCCUCAA